AUUAGUAUACCUGUGGUCUCAGUGACACUUUUGAAGAAAACCAAAACUGCCCUUCUUGUGCCAAAUGCUCUGAUUAUAGCCACAGUCACAGACCGGUACAUGUUUGUCUCCUUGCUCUCCAGAGAUACCACCUACAAGCUUUUAAAAUCUAUAUGUAGACAUCUUGAUGAUACAAGCAUGGGCAACAGUCCAAAUCCCUCUUCUGCAGAAAACAGCUUCAGGGCUGAUCGUCCUACAACUCUGCCCUUGGAUUUCAAUGAAGACUAUUCUGAUCUGGAUGGAGUAGUGCAGCAGCGGAGACAAGAGAUGGAAGAGUCCAGCAGCACAGGCUCACAGACUCCAGAGCUGGAAUGCUUCCAAGAUUAUCAUGUCGUUGAGACACAGACUCACUUGAAAGUUUCCAAGACUGAGGCAAAGUCUGUCCGUUCAGAUGCACACAGUAAACAUGGAACUGAUGGAAACGCCCGAAACUGUCCUCGAAAUGGCCAUUCUGAAACCUUCAAGUUCCUCCACAAAGUGAAGUCCCAGAAGCUCUUAUCUCUGAACCAUGUACUUAUAUUUUACGCAGUUCUUGUUUGUGUAUUAAUAUUUUCUACCUUCUACAUGAGAUAUAAAAUCAGUGUCCUAGAGGAACGUCUUACUUCCAUCACAUCCUUUGAUUCCCAUAUUAAGGAACAUCCAGUGCUCCAAGGUUUGGGAUCUGAUCUGCAAAUUAAUGCUGAUACCCUUUGUGAUGAGUUAACUGCUAAUCUUAUAAAACUAGAAAAGAUACAGAACAACUUGCAAAAACUACUUGAAGAUGGUGAAUGA